UGCACUGUAAAACAGCUGCUGAUAAAUAGAUUUUUUAAUUUUGAAGUUGUUUUUACGAGUUGUGCUACGAAAUUACAAUGUCCACCUACUAUUUUGCAAUUGUAGGGCACAACGAUAACCCCAUAUACGAGAAGGAGUUUAGCACCGUAAAUAAAGAGCAGCGCAAGGAAGAUCACAGGCAUCUCAGCCAGUUUAUUGCACACGCUUCUCUUGAUUUGGUAGACGAACACAAAUGGAAGACGGCAAAUAUGCAGCUGAAGUCUAUAGAUCGCUUUAACCAGUGGUUUGUGUCCGCCUUCAUCACCGCCUCUCAAAUACGUUUCAUAAUAGUGCAUGACAACAAAAACGAUGAGGGUAUCAAGAAUUUCUUUAAUGAAAUGUACGAUACCUAUAUUAAGCAUUCCAUGAACUCCUUUUACAAAAUUAACACCCCAAUUAAGUCGCCCAUGUUUGAGAAGAAAAGUGAAAUCUUUGGGCGCAAGUAUUUGUUAUCUUAAUUUAUAGUAAAUAUACAUAAAUAAUAAUGUAAAAAUUUUGAAAUUGAUUUAUUUAGAAAACUAGUCUUGACUUUUAAUGGAUCUGUUCAACUCUUAAAACAAAUCUAAAACGAUUUAACGCUCGUCGGAUCUCUUACAAUUCCAAUUGGAACUAAAGUAUGUUGAAUGUGUUGUUCUUGGGAUGAUAAAGCAAAAAUGUUUUACGGAAUUGCAGUGGGUGGAAAAUCUCUUAAAAUGUUGUUCCAACUUAGCGACUUAGUGCUUCUUGUUCUUGCCAUGGCGCUCGUAUUUGCUCUUCGACGAGUGCCACAGAAUGAAGGGAAUGGCCAAGGA